CUGCGCCCUAUAAAGUGAACUCAUCGUCGAGGUGUUUGUUGAAUUUCCUAUCACAUUCCCCCAAAUGAGAGAGGAAUGACCGUGAAAUUCCGAUAAAUUGUAAAAGUUUUUCAGACUUCAAAUAUGCCAAGAUAUGCACAGCUUGUGAUGGGUCCGGCUGGCAGUGGCAAGUCUACCUAUUGCAACAUGUUACAAGAACAUUGUGAGAUGUUGAAACGAGCGACACAUGUUAUUAAUUUAGAUCCUGCUGCUGAAAAUUUUAUAUACCAACCAAUCGCAGAUAUUCGUGAUUUGAUUCAAAUUGAUGAUGUGAUGGAAGAUGAAUCACUUAAAUUUGGACCUAAUGGUGGGCUUGUGUUCUGUAUGGAAUAUUUUGCUCAGAAUUUUGACUGGUUGGAGGAACAACUCGGUGAUAUGGAGGAUGACUACAUUAUCUUUGAUUGUCCAGGUCAGAUAGAGUUAUACACACAUCUACCUGUGAUGAGGCAGCUUGUUGACCAGUUACAGAGUUGGGACUUUAGAGUUUGUGGAGUCUUUCUCAUAGAUUCACAGUUUUUAGUGGAAACUUCCAAAUUUUUUUCAGGUAUAUUAUCAGCAUUGUCUGCGAUGGUCAAUCUGGAAAUCCCACACAUUAAUGUAAUGUCCAAGAUGGACUUACUGAGUGGGCAAGCUAAGAAAGAUGUAGAAGAGAAAUAUUUGGAACCGGAUCCGGAUUUGUUGCUUGCAGAGACUGAAUAUUUUGGGAAAAAAUAUGAGAAAUUAAACCAAGCCAUUGCUACAGUGAUAUCAGAUUACAGUUUAGUGAAGUUUUAUCCAUUAGAUAGAUCUGAUGAGGAAUCCAUCAAUGUGAUUCUGUACAACAUUGAUAAUUCAAUUCAGUACGGGGAGGACUUAGAACCCAAGGACACGUUCAGGGAUGAAGAAGACAAAGAAGAAGAUGUAGAUGAACCUGAUAUACCUUGAUAUAAGAACAACACCACAAUGAAUGAUCCAGAGAUACCUUAUUUUAAGGAUGACGUCAUAGAGAAAGAACCAGGGUUCUCACCAUAUCGUCAUGGAGUAAGGGCCCCCUAGCCUGGUUAACUUUCUAUUUUUUUUUUGGGUCCUCUCCUUCAUAGUAAUAUAAACUUUGAUUGGCUGAUAAAUAUACCACACUUCUAAUCUAAUAUGCUAAUUUUCCAAACAAUGGAUGACAAUUGUACUUUCUUCUGUUCAUAUGUUUCAAUUGAAAGGAUGAACAUUACCUGGAAUCCAGUCAUUCAGGUUCCCUUUCACAGUGCACUCAAGAAUGGCCUGGUGAAUCACUACAUAAAUACUUAGACAUCACAGAAUUCUGUGUUGACACUGA